GUGAGAGCGGUCAAAGAAUUGGAAACUCUCACAGCGGCCUCUUAUACUUACUCUCUGUCCUUUCUCACCUCGUUGCACAUGUAGUUGCACUGUAUACAGUGUUUAUACAGGCUGCGUGAAGCUCUGCAGGGGCAACACGUCAAGGAGGGGGGAACCCGAAGGAACAUCCAAAGUCUGGACAGACAAAGAAAACUCAGCUGUCCCCACUGAUCGGCUCAUAAUGAAGCCGGUGUUUGUCCUUCUUGUUUCCACUGCCUGGACUUUGACUGGAGCCCAGUAUUACUACCAGGGGCUGAUGGAUUAUCUGGAGAACAGGUUGUUGGCUAUUGAGGACCGCAUGCAGUUGUGGCAUGAACAAUCCCAUCGCUACCACACAGAGAUGCUGGAUUUCAAAAAGCUAACUGCUGAGGCCAUGGAUGGGCUGAAGAAUGAGCACAGCAUGAUGUUCAAAGACCUGGAGGGAGCUGCGGCCCGAGUGGACCGGGUGGAGCGAGAGAUGGACUACGUUGAGACCCAGACUUCCCCUCGGGCCUGCGCGAAUAAAGCAGACAAGGUUGUGGAGCAGGGAGCCUGGGGGUUGCAGGAGAGCAGAGGAGGGGAAGAGGAGGAAGAGGACUGGGAGGAGCUGCGCUCCAGAGUCUCUGACUGUGUUGAAAUCAUCUCUGGCAUCAGAUCAGUGAAGAUCCUGAAGAGAGUCGGCAGUCCCAAAGGCAUGUGGACCAGAGACCCAAGGUCGUCCAAAGUUUACGUCUUCAAUGGGACAUCAGGAGACAGCAUCUACCAGUUCAUCUCUGUGCGAGACUUUUCCAGCUCUCCUGGCGUCACCAGCAGCCGACAGAUCAGACCUCCCUCUGAGUGGAGCGGCCCAGGCAGCGCUGUCUAUAACGGCUAUUUGUACUACAUACAGCAGGAGGCUGAUACAGACGUGCAGGUGGUCAAAUAUGACCUGCUGAGUGGCUCGGUGACAGAUGUUGCCAUGUUCCCCAUGGAGAGCCACGCUGCGGUUUACAGCCUCAACCCAGAAACUGUUGCGGACCUCGCAGCAGACGACGAAGGCCUCUGGCUCCUGUACGCCUCCAGCGACAGUGAACCAAACAUCAACCUGGCAAAAAUGGACCCUGACACGCUUGAUAUAGAACAAAUCUGGGACACCCGGUGCCCACGGGAGAACGCAGAGGCAGCUUUUGUGGUGUGUGGGACCGUCUAUGUCGUUUACAACACCCGCAUGCCCAGCAGGUCCCGAAUCCAAUGCCUGUUUGAUGUCAAUGACAUGGUGAUCAGCGAGGAGGCUCCCCUGAUAUACUUUCCCAGGAAGUACGGAGCCCACGCCAGCCUGAAAUACAACCCCGAGGAGAGACAGCUCUACGGCUGGGACGAUGGCUACCAAAUCAUUUACAGACUGAGCAUGAAGAAGAAGCUCCUGGUGUGACAGCAGGGAGGUGGUGUCAGGUUUCCACAGGCAAUAAUAAAGCAAAGGAGCGGUAAAUUUAUACACGCUAUGCCGAAAAGUAUUUCAGUAGCCUGAAGACUCUUCAUUCAUGGUAGAUUUAAAGGUUCAGUGUGUAAAAUUUAGGGGGAUUUAGUGGCAUCUAGUGGUGAGGAUUGCAGAUUGCAACCAGCUAAAACUUCUCCUGGUUAGAAUUCCCUCAGUGUUCAUUGUUAAGGAGGUUUUUACCAGGAGUUGAAUUAUCCGCAGAGGUCUGUUCCUCUCCAAAACAAACAGACCAGGUGAUUUUCACAAGUAAAAAGCGAAUAGAGGGGUUUCAUGUUGAAAUUAGUGUUUCUCCUAUGCUGUUUUGGAUGUCGCAGACGUUUUCUCGGAUAACUUAUGACCCAGAUGUUCAGGAGGUUUUUACUUGGAGCUGACUUAUCUGAGGAAGUGUUCUCCUCUCCAAAACAAAUGCACCCGGUGAUUAAAACCGAUUAAACUCUGAAUAAAGCAGUUUCAUGUUACAAAUCAGUGUUUCUCUUGCGCUGUUUGGGACGUGACAAAGGGCUACUAGCCGAGUAACACUUUGUCACAUCUGAUUUAGACUUUCAAGAGGUUUUUACCAGGAGCCGAAUGAUCCGCAGAGGUCUCUUCCUCUCCCAAACAAAGGCACCCCUUCAUUAAAACUGGCUAAACAAUGAGGAAAGAAGUUUAACAUUAAAAAUCAGUGUUUUUCUGAUGCUGUUCAGCUCGUCAGAGACAGACAGCUAGCUCAGCACCUGCUUAUAUGUGCUCACCUUUUUACUGAUUAUUUAAAUCCAGAUGCUCAGGAGGAUUUUACUGGGAGCCAAGUUAUUUGCAGAGGUCUUUUCCUCUCAAAAACAAAUGAACCAGGUGAUUUAAACUGGUAAAACACUGAAUAAAGAAGUUGCAUGAUCAAAAAAAUCUGUGUUUUGCUGACACUACAUGUUGUAUAGGGGCUGCUAACUAUGGUGGCCAACACAAAAACGUGAACAGCCCUAUCUAGAGCCAGUGUCUAGUUUGUCCGUUCUGGGCUGCUGUAGAAAUAUGGCAGUGCAACCUGCCAGUCUAUUCUUAUUUUCAGAAAACCUAAUAUUAUAUUCCAUUUCUGCCAAAGUAUCCUCCUGAUUUCUACACACUGGACCGUUAAUACAGAUCGGCCAUAAAAUCACACAAAUUAGCCAUUGCACUGCUAUUUAUUAAUUUGACCUUUUUCUUUUGUGUGUAAAAUACCAAAACAAACAUGAAAAUGCCACUUGGUUUAUUAGAGGCUGUCAAGUCGUACUUGCUAUGUGGUGUUCUGUGUCCUCCUCUCAGUUUAAUUUGACCAUUAGAUUCAGACGAAAUCUCAUUUCCUUUGUGCCCGUUCCUGCUUGUUAAACCGCUGGCUGCGUCGUUAUUAUAUGCUGUGUUUUAUUGCCACAAACUCACAGCGUGGCGCCCAUUUUUUUUUUUUUUUUUUGUCUUUUAAUCAAAGAAAAGAAAAUCAUCUCACAGAACUGAUAACACAGGGGAAAAAAACAACAGUCUUUUUCUGCCGCUGAUUUUCAGACGUGUCGGAACAAAAGAACGACAAUUUGUGGCUGAAACGAUGUAAGAUAUUUCAGUUUACUUUAUUACACACUGGGUCACUCAUAUGGUGAGUCUCGAUAAUGAUCUAGGAACUCAGAGUAGACGUUUGUCUCGACUAACUGUUGAUAUCAAUCACCUGCACAUUUCUCAAACAUUUCUAUUAUUACAAAUACAAAAUGUUCAAUAAAAAAUUGGAAAUUCAGUGCUAUCAUAACAGUUGGAAGGGAUACAAGAUCAUAUCAAGAAACGUUACAAUAUUAGGCAAAGCUAGAAGGUCUCCAAACAGUCCAUAAAGUGAGGCAAGUGAUUUAACAGGUUUCUUCUACUAUGAAAACACACCACACUGUCAGAGAAAUAUAUGACCAUCGUAAAGCACAGGUUUUAAAAACAAAAUUAUUACUCAACCACUUGUUUCAACACUAAAAGAAGAUAAUAUAAAUCUAUGAAUAAUGCCAUUAUAGAGGAAUUUUACCAUCAAAACAACUGUGUGAAAAUUUCAAACAUUUGUGGAGGGGUGUUGAUGUGAUGGUGGAUUACGUCAAGCACGAACAAUAAUGCACUGACUCCUUCUCGCUGUAACAAGUGCCAAUUAGAGAAAUGCCACUGCUCUGUAGAUGCUGACCCGUCCACCCAUCAGCUGCCCCCGCGCUGCCGUCUCAGCCUCCCAGACACACACUGGGCUACUAAACAGCUCAGACCCUAACUUACACAUGAAGGAAAUGGCUAAAACAGAUCUGUCUGGGUCUGCUGAACGCAUCUGCUCGCGUCUUGAUGUCUGCCCACCGAUUUCACAAGCUCUGUGAUAUAUGGCUUAUUCACUGUACAGUAGUUUGAGCCGUAGUAUCACUCGUCCUCUGCUGCUGAAUCAGGCACCAGCAGUCUAGACCAGUGGAAGCCACGGCCAAGAACAUUGUUACAUAUCAGAUUUAAGUGUCUGUCGAGAUAAUGCGGAUGCUAUUCAGUAAAUUGUCCUCAUAUCAAGAAGACAUGAUCUGUACAAGCCGUACCAAAUAUAAUCUGUGAAUGCUUCCUGCCUGUAUCACUCUGACUCUGUAACUCAACAUUUCCCAGCCUGAAUGUACUGAUGGUAUCUGUGCCUGUCCAUUAUAGCAAAACAAAACUAUUACUGCUGAAGGGCAAACCUGAAACUUGAAGUCAAUUUUAAUAGAAGUCGAAUUAUCAGGAUUUAUUCUCAUCACAGAGACCUGCAUUAAUCACUGUUUUUAAUGAAAAGCUAUAGACUGCUUUCCCUCUUACAGUAAACUGAGGAUGUGUGUGCAGCAGGAGGGUCGACAACUCAAUGCACCAAAGUCACAGUGGCUUAUAUAUAUAUGGCUUAUAUAUUUCCAUUGUUUAGAAAUAAAGAAACUUGCAGUUUUUAUGUGUAUUUUGUAUGUGGCAUCUUAAAUUUCCAGAAUUCGUAUUUGUUUUACACACACUGACCGUCGGCUCUAACAUGGCUUUUGCACUGCAGUGAAAAACUGUAAUUGGUGGGGAAAGUUGGUGUUUCCUCUGAAGCAAAAUGUGACAAUAGACUUAGAUUUAAUCAACACUCACUCAGUUUUUAGAUUGCAAGAAUGGUGUGUCAAGUUUCCACAGUUUUUCAAGAUAAACUGACAACGUAGGUAAAAAAAAAAACUUUGUUCUAAAUUUGCGACCUAGAUUAAGGCAACAAAAAUAUACAGAUGAGUUUGGAAAAAAACAUCAUGGUUUGGCUUAAAGUAAGUACAUUUGUUUCUAACAAAACAUCACAUGACACAUGUCACUAGCAUAGUGUGCUACACAUAUUAGCAUACUAUGUUAUUAAAAUAACUCGAUUGGCUUUUGGUUUCAAGCAGAACAUGAUGGCACAGUGGUGCAUUGGCUAGCAUUGUCGCUUUACAGCAAGAGGGGUUCAAACCCCGGGGUGAGGGAGCCCUUCUGUGCAGAGUUUGCAUGUUCUCCCCAUGUUAGCGUGGGUUUUCUCCGGUACUCCAGCUUCCUCCCACAGUCCAAAGACAUGCAGGUUAACUGGUGACUCUAAAUUGUCCGUAGGUGUGAAUGUGAGUGUGAAUGGUUGUCUGUCUCUAUGUGUCAGCCCUGUGAUAGUCUGGUGACCUGUCCAGGGUUAGACUCACAAGUCAGUCUUUAGACGCUUUGCUUAACUAAAGACUGAUGACUUUCUCCCUGAUUUUGUGUUUAGAUGGGCGGAUACAAUUUCAGAGUUUAAAAAACUCCCUACGUUGCAGAACCAAUAGUAAAUCCACAGGGCGGUCCUUCGGUGGCUCGCUGAACUCUUGUGCUUGUAAACAUAGUCCGACUAGAAACAUGUGUAGCGGUACAAAAUGGCUCAGCCGCGCUUGCAGAAAACGCCGUCAAAGUUAGUGGAUGUUUGUCGCGUUUGCGGCGACACAUUCUCGCCAACUAAAAGAAACAAACAUAAUCUUUUACAGGGCCAUGACUCAUCCGUCCGGCCGGACUAUAGAGGGAAUCGCCUUGUUGUUCACAAAUACUUUGGGUAGAAAACCAGCAGAGCUUUUAGUUAUAUAUAUAUAUAUAUACACACAUAUAUAGCCUAUAUAUCACAUUUUUCACAUCACUGUAUCUCCGUUUAGACUAAUCCAAUGUUUGUAAAGUCUAUAAACACAAUGAUUGAACAAACAUUACUAUUUCUGUGUGCACGUUUAGCUGGGCUAACCGUUAGCUGUUAGCCCUGUUAGCCGUUAGCGGUGUCUGUAAUAGGUAAUAACUCAUUAAACGGUCUGUGAAAAAAAUAUUUUUUCCAGCGGUUAUCUUAGUUACAUCAUGAUUGACCUAGCAAAGCAGUUUUGUGUUGCUAUGUGUGGUAUUUAUUCAGUUUUGGGAAAUCACGAUGUCUAGAAAGCAUCAGUGGCUGCAGCUGACAGGGACAGCUAACAGCAGCAGCAAAGCUAACAUCAGGACGUCAUCUGUUAAAAGCCUCCCGUGGUCGGAUACGACAUGAAACUACUCCAGUUAGCUCAAUCAUGUUGUCACUAAGACAUCCGCUGGAAAAAAUAUUUUCUUCACGAAUGAGCACACGUUUGAUAAAACGGAGUUAAAUCUCUCUGCAUCCAUUUGCAAGCUCUGUGUGUUUGUUUCCUUGUGGACGAGAAAAGGGGGAGCGCACAUUUCUGAGAAGGCGUGUCCUUUUCAAAAAUGCAAGAGGCGUUGCUUUGUUGCCGGCCGUUUUCGCCAGUGUGUUAAACUCACUUUAGAAAGGAGCGUCCUCAGACUAUCAGAAGGCGGAGAUCUCUGAUUGUCUGGUGGCGAGACUAGUCCAGGGUGAACC